UGCGCGGGGAGACAAGAUGGCGGUGGAGUCUCGGGUCACGCAGGAGGAGAUUAAGAAGGAGCCGGAGAAGCCGAUCGACCGGGAAAAGACGUGCCCGCUGCUGCUUCGCGUCUUCACCACCAACAAUGGGCGGCACCACCGUAUGGACGAGUUCUCCCGUGGCAAUGUGCCCUCCAGCGAGCUGCAGAUCUACACCUGGAUGGAUGCAACUCUGAAAGAACUGACCAGCUUAGUGAAAGAAGUUUACCCAGAAGCACGGAAGAAGGGCACACACUUCAAUUUUGCAAUUGUUUUUACAGAUCUCAAGAGGCCUGGAUAUAGGGUGAAGGAGAUUGGCAGCACCAUGUCAGGCAGGAAGGGCACAGAUGAUUCCAUGACAUUGCAGUCUCAGAAAUUCCAGAUAGGAGACUACCUGGAUAUAGCAAUUACUCCUCCAAACCGCGCACCACCCCCAUCGAGCCGCAUGAGACCAUACUAAAGUGUUGCUUCUUUGUAUGACUACAUCUUCUGUUUAUUCCUACUUGCUGUUCUAAAGCAGGCUUAUUUUUUUGCUUUUGUUGCUAAGCAGGAACACCUGAAGACGAAGCUGAAGCAUCAAAAAAUUGAACGUUAAGUUUAAAACCUUAACUUUUAGUUUGUUUAGAAGAAACUUAUCUUUAGCAGUGCCAUCAUCCUAUCCCUGAUUGCUGUAGUUUGAACAGUAAGUUGGUGUCUGGUGUUUCAAGAUUUCCAUAAAAUACGACCAGAAGGAUUACAGGUAUCUGUAGUUCUGUCUUGUUUGGAAUAAAGAUUGAUGUUAUUAAUCUUUUGAUAGUGUGGUGCUGUUUGGUUUUGUUUGGUGGUUUUUUUUUUUUGUUUGUUUGUGUUAGCUUUUAAGCAGAAGUAGAAAUUGAAGAAGGGUCAAAGCUUUCAUCUGGGCUUAUUGAGUAGAGAGGUAGGUGGUCAGGAGGACAACACCCAGUUUUGGCUUCCAGAACUCUGAAGAAAGUGAGUGCUGUAGUCUGUUUCGAUUAGUUCAUCUAAUGAAUGCAUACAGAUUUAGACCCUGCUCUUAACCAUUCUGAGUGUGACAAAUCUCACUGUGUAGCCCUCUGUAAAAUGGCUUUUCACUGAUGCUUGCAGCUUAUACUGAGUGCCGGUUUCUCAAUUUACUGUAGCCCUUGGGUCUUGGGGCAAAGACAGGGAGCUGUGAGUUACCAAGGUUCAGGGAUGUUUCAUGUUAAGUUACCAAUUGAAGAUUGAGGGUGUGAUGGGUUUCUAGCAGCCAGCAUCUAGAAUCUCAAAAUAAGAGGAAAGGGUAGUUAAGGGUUCUCAGUUGUCCGUGGGGAACCUGGAUGGCUGCUCUGUGUAAUGCUGCCUGGUACCUUCUUACAGAGUAGGAGAAUGAAGGUCGUGCCCCAUCUCCCACCAAAUCCCAUCGGGCAGGAUGUAGUCUGUGCUUGCCAGUUCUUUCUGUCACUGCAGGGGGAGAUGUUGAGACAGGCACGUGUCUCCAGCUGUUCCUGCACUGUGAGCCUCUGCUGGCUGACCAUGAGCAUCCAGCUGGUCUGAAGAGAGUCAUGUGCUUUUCUGCACGGUGUGUCCCUGUGUGCCAAGAGGCUUUAGCAAAGCAGAGGCUAAGCCUGAACAGCUCAUUCAAAGUUCUGUGGGAUUUGUGGCAGGACCGCAGUCUAGCGGCUAAUCGCCUCCAUCACAUCAGAGGUCACCAUUUUACCACGAUGCAGAAACGGGACAAAGCUUGAUGCAAGCAAGCCCUGUGUCUAGACAUUACAGCAGAUCAGCUGGCUUCAAAAACAGCAUCGGUUCCUCUGACAACAGGACCCUGAGGAACGUGAAUGGUAAAACACCCAUGUUGUGCUGCGCAUAGCAGGCACUGCGCCCGGCCAUGACCUGUGACGACAAGAAUGUGCCUGCCUAGUGCACUGGGACAAGGUUUCUGCUGAGGUCUUCUAGCUGAAAGCUGUGGAGUACAUACCCAGGCUUCAGAGAACAAGAUGGGAGAGCCCCAACAGUGGUUCUAGGUUGUAUUCCUGUGGACUAAUGCAAUUCCAUAGUGGGGCCACUGGCUGUUGUCACCACUCCUUAUAAAUGCCAAAAUCUAUCUGUAUUACUGUCCCAUGGGGAAACAAGGUACUUCUGAAAUAGAAGGCAGCUCCAACAUCAGCCACAGCUGUUGAUAGAAGACAUGCAACCACCAUGGAACAUCUGAAUAAUGACAACAGGGAACAAAGCAAGUAUCAAGUCCUACAGAACGCUUACAGAAAAAAGCAGCAUCCAUGAUGCUUUAAAUAACAAAGGAAGACUGGACUUCAUUUGUUACUCUACUGAUUUAUAAAAACAUCAGUGAAAGCACAUUGGGGGGGACUAAAUGUGAUGCUUGUCAUUUAUCCAUUUGACAGCCAGCUGGGAAGUUUCACUACACUGUGAGAUCUGUACUUGUAUUUAACCUCAGGCAAAAUAUUUCUAAGAGAAGAACACACUGACCACCUUAAGAGGCUUCCUGGGCAAAACAAUCAGGAUGGUUCUUUGACAACAAAUGGGAUUAUGGAGAGAAGCUGUUAGCUGACUCACUCAAAUAAAUAAAAAAAGAUUAAAUACCAUAGGAAAUAAAGAAAAAAAGGACUGCAGUGUGA